AGGGCCGCGCAGAGCUUUGGGCUUGUGCUGCGGCUACUCUACCGCGGUCCUUCGCCCCCGCCGCCGGCCCGAAGGACGAGCCGGGCGCCAGGCUCUCUUCGUCAUCCCCGGCCGGGCCGGAGUCACCGUCAGGUCCGCGUCCGCCCCGGGAUCCGCGUGUGCGCGUGGGGUCCCCGCCGCUGCGCCCUGCGCUCCGGACCCCGGGCCCCCGCGGCCCGGACAAAGCCAUGAAGCCGGCGCUGCUGGAAGUGAUGAGGAUGAGCAGGAUCUGCCGGAUGGUGCUGGCCACUUGCUUGGGCUCCUUCAUCCUGGUCAUCUUCUAUUUCCAAAUCAUGCGGAGGAAUCCCUUCGGUGUGGACAUCUGCUGUCGAAAGGGGUCUCGGAGUCCCCUGCAGGAGCUCUACAACCCGAUCCAGCUGGAGCUCUCCAACACCGCUGUCCUGCACCAGAUGCGGCGGGAUCAGGUGAGCGACACGUGCCGGGCCAACAGUGCCACCAGCCGCAAGCGGCGGGUGCUGACGCCCAGCGACCUGAAGCACCUGGUGGUGGACGAGGACCACGAGCUCAUCUAUUGCUACGUGCCCAAGGUGGCAUGCACCAACUGGAAGCGGCUCAUGAUGGUGCUGGCAGGACGGGGCAAGUACAGUGACCCCAUGGAGAUCCCAGCCAGCGAGGCACACGUCUCGGCCAACCUGAAGACCCUCAACCAGUACAGCAUCCCCGAGAUCAACCACCGCCUCAAGAGCUACCUGAAGUUCCUGUUCGUCCGUGAGCCCUUUGAGAGGCUGGUGUCUGCCUACCGCAACAAGUUCACGCAAAAGUACAACACCUCCUUCCACAAGCGCUACGGCACCAAGAUCAUCCGGCGCCAGCGGAAGAACGCCACCCAGGAGGCGCUGCGCAGGGGCGACGACGUCAAGUUUGAGGAGUUCGUGGCCUAUCUCAUCGACCCGCACACCCAGCGUGAGGAGCCCUUCAAUGAGCACUGGCAGACAGUGUACUCCCUGUGCCACCCGUGCCACAUCCACUACGACCUCGUGGGCAAGUACGAGACCCUGGAGGAGGACGCCAACUUCGUGCUGCAGCUGGCGGGCGUGAGCAGCCACCUCAAGUUCCCCACCUACGCCAAGUCCACGCGAACUACUGACGAAAUGACCACGGAGUUCUUCCAGAACAUCAGCUCGGAGCACCAGACGCAGCUCUACGAGGUCUACAAACUCGACUUUUUAAUGUUCAAUUACUCAGUGCCGAGCUACCUGAAAUUGGAAUGAAAGGGGGGUGGGGCAGACGGGGGCGGGGAGAGGGAGAGAGUCGUGCUUUUUAAUUUAAGAUUUUUUUAUUUGUCAAAAGAAUUCUAUGGAUAUUGGGUUAUUUUGUAAAUUAAUAUUUCUUUGAGGGAAGAUGCUGCGAGCGGCAUGGUGAGAAUUAUUUAAGAACCCUUGGCGAGGACGGACAGCUGUCUUGGCGGAGGCCUGGAUGGUGUCCCCAUCUGGGCCUACGUCCGGAGCGCAACGCCGGCCGCUGUCCUCGUGUCUCGGUGAAUCCCACGAAGUGUGCAUUCCAUAAAGUCUAAUAUUAUUUAUAGUUAUUUAAACGCAGUCUCCGUAUAGAUUGAUUUCUGUGGGAGCGGCGCGCCGGCGCUCUUGCGGCAGGAGCCCGCGGUGCCCGCUCCGCGCCCCGGCUCAGGGCCUGGCGCUCUUCUCCGAGCCAGCUCUCGGCUCCGGCAGGCACAGUCCUGGUGACGUGCGCGGCGCCACCUUUCUCAAAACUCUGCCAGAAGGAAAUCGGUUGCGCUCGUGCUUAGAGAGGGGCACCUUCACGGGACGAACUCCAGAUACUCUCGGUCGACCGAGUGUCCCUCGCACUAAGGAAAUGUGGUUUUUCUUUACCCCACAGAGAAGCUGAGUGUAGCAGUUUUUCACGAGGAUUAGCAGUCUGAUGGAGCGGGCUUUUUAAGGGGAAUUUUUAACUGGCAGUGCCAGUUGCGAAGGCCAAGUGGCUGUCGCCUUAGAGCCAUGGUUAUUUAUUGGGCAUCUACUAUAGUCUAGGCCCCUGUGUGGGCCCGGCAGAGAGCAUUGAGUAGCCACAGUCUUGGCCCUCGAGAAGGCUGCGUGAGCUCAGCAGGGAGCAAGCCCCUGUGGCCACGGGCUGCGCCAGAGCUUCGGACUCUGCAGGACCAGCCUGCGUGGUUUGUGCCCCCACGUAUGUGCAUUGCCCUGUGGCUCAGAGGUGAAAACCACACAGCAGGCCAGGCGAAGGCAUGCGCUCUUACUCAGUGGCAUCAGCCUCAGGUUGGGAGGGGCCGUCGCCCGGCACCUGCUGCUGUCCCCUCCAGCCCAACUCCAGGGCCCCACCCAGAAGGGCUUCCUCCCCAGCAUAUAAAAGUGAGAUGCUGGCAUCCAGGGUCACAGUGAAGGCCAAGGCUCAGCCUCCAUUGGCACCUUGGGGGAAUGGUGGGGAUGGCUUUUCGCUCUUAGCCAUCACUUCCUGGCAAGAGGCCGAGUUCUGCUCCUUGCCGAAGGCCACCCAAAGCCACCUCGCUCACAGACUCUUCCCAGGCCUCUCGGGGAGAACUAGAGCCACAUCCCUGGGCAGUUAGUAAAUGAGCCUAUAGCAGAUACUGUACAU